UGGCGAGAGGUCAUUUCGACCCCCCUCCACGCCCGUUUCGGCUAUUCAUGAAACGCAGCUGCCGUCGCUCGGCCCAGGGAGGUUACCGCCGGACACAGUUUUAUCGCCCUCACCUAGGACAACGACAAUCGAUCUCCAACAACGUUAAAAGGCCGCUCGGCUCGCGUUUCCGAUCGGAAAAACACUUUUCCCAGUCGAACUUCAAGUUUUCCGAAGUGGUGGCAGCGCUCUAGCGGACCUCGAUACAAGUCUAGUUAUCACAAUGGCUUCCUCCAUAAAAGACACGGCAACUUUCUUCGCCGCGGGUUCGGCCAAACAAUUCGAACACGUCCUCAGCCUCUACCCGCAGGCGCUCAGGUUGAAAGCGGAGCGGAAGAACAAGAAGCCGGAGGAGCUGAUCAAACUGGACAACUGGUACCAAAACGAACUGCCAAAAAAAAUCAAAGCUAGAGGAAAGGACGCACAUUUAAUACACGAAGAAUUGGUACAGUUAAUGAAAUGGAAACAAACACGUGGAAAAUUUUUCCCACAACUCAAUUACCUUGUAAAAGUCAACACCCCAAGGGCCGUGGUAGCCGAGACGAAAAAGGCUUUCAGGAAAUUGCCAAAUUUGGAACAAGCCAUCACAGCGCUGAGCAAUCUCAAGGGUGUCGGAACAACAAUGGCAUCAGCACUCUUGGCUGCCGCUGCCCCUGAGAUGGCCCCUUUUAUGGCUGACGAGUGCCUGAUGGCGAUCCCCGAGAUUGAAGGAAUUGACUACACGACAAAAGAGUAUCUGAAUUUCGUCGCUCACAUUCAGAGUACAGUUCAAAGGCUCAAUAGUGAUAACUCAAAUGGGCGUUGGUCACCACACAGGGUCGAACUCGCUCUCUGGACCCAUUAUGUAGCCAGCGAGCUUCAGCCCGAACUGCUAGACUCAAUUCCGAAUGGUACAACUAGUCAUGCAAAUGGCGAAGACAAACUUGAAUCUGAAUCGUCCAAUGCUGCUAGUACAGAUGCCUUAGAUGCUUCGGAUGAGAGCUCUCUGGAUGCAAACGGUAAAGCGACUGAGAGUGGAGGGUCGGUUGCAGCAACUGAUGAAAACACGUCGACAUCCCUCCCUGAAGAGCUUUCGCCUGUCAAUAACAACCAGGACGAUCGCUCGGAGGAUGAACCUUCUGCCAAGAAAACUAAGUUAGAUUAUAAGUGACCUCAUAACAGAUUUUUCUAAGUGUAUUACAGUUUCCCCUCUCAACCUCAGAUAUAGUCUCAUUGUACUUUUCGUUCUCGUUCUUAUUUAGUAUAUAUAUAUUUAAAUAUAUAUUAUUGUACCUCUCUUUUAUUUAUUUUGAUCGGUGGGGGCAGAUGGUAUCAUCGAUGUUGUUUGAAUUCUCAAUUUUCUAAACACAACCUCCAAUUGUGAUUUUUUACUACUAAUAAAUAAAGUUUAGGGAAUUGCUUUUCAACUCAUACGGUUCAAGGCCAAUUUUGAUAUGCAAAGCAUUUUGGCCCUUUCAGCCCACAGAGUUUUAUUAUCUUACAAUGGGCUUCUUGGGUUAAUUGCUAUUUCUAUUAUUUAUUGUUUGUUCGGAAUGUAUAUCAAUGUUUUAGGGCGCCACCAGUCCCAAUCUCCCUCGGUUUUAGACCAGAUGAAUGGGCCUAUAAAAUCUUAGUUCCCACCAUUGAAAUUUUCAGUUUUUACAUUCAAAAGUAUAAGCAAAAUAACAGAUAAUGUAUAAUGUACAGUGUACCAUAGCGAAGAUCACAGUUUUUAUAUUUAUAUAUAAAGAGAAAAAGAUUUCAAAUGCAAGAGUACUUAAAAAAAAUUUAAAAAUUAAAAAAAAAUAUAUAUAAAAAAAGAGGAAAAUAUAUAAAAACCAAAACUUUUUCGGUAGUUGAGUGGGUUAGACUUUAGGUUGUUCUGCAAAAUAGUUAUUUUUUACCGCACAUCGUAGUUUUUGAAAAAUAAAAAUAAAAUUGACAAAAAAAAUAAUGAAGGAGAGCGCCACUCUUUGCUCGCUACUAAAAGCAAGAAUAUUAGACUAGCUUGUGUGUGUGAAUGGAUUCAGAAUGUUCACUACAAAAGAUUUUAGUGAGAUUAUCUCGUAAUAUAUUUUAUUUACAAAAGAGAAUAAACUCAUAGUACAUUCCAAUUGCUCGAAAACAGUUUUCUGUUCGACAUAAAUUUGCAGGUAAUUUGAAUCGUCGAAUGUUGAGCCAUUUUAUCGCAAAUAAAUGGGGGGAAAUUCACAAUUGGCAUUUUGCUGGGGCGAUGUAACCAAUUUUCUCCACUUCGCCAUUUGACAUUUAAAUUAUAAUUAAAUUGUUUACUGCCAAAUAAAAAACAAGUUAUAUUCAGCCUUUUUAUACUACUGUAAGUAAAAAGAAGUCUUUAAUUGAAUUAGUGUAUCAGAAUAGAAUAAAAUGCAGACCAACUCUCAGAAGAAGGAAUUAAAUAUGUACAUAAAUUUUAACAAAAUAGUGCAACAAGGAAGGGGUGUUACAACUUUUCUCUUUGUUUUAAUCAAUUCUCCAUUGGUUGUCUCACCCUGUGGAAUUUCGGCAAGCCUUGAAUUUUUUUUCUAAUUUAUGUUUUUUUUUUAAAUGAAUAGUUAGGUUGCAAAACUGUAUUUGUACGACUAAAAUAAAUUUGAAAAUAAUUGUCAUUAUUAUUUAUACUUUGUUCAGUUAGAAUGUUUAAUGUUCGUUUAAAUUAUUCCAUGUAUUGUCUUGUUUUUUCCUUUCUUUUUUAUUUUUAUUCCCUUUAUUGUCAGGGAAAUAGUUUGUAAGUUGUAAUUAAAUUUGGUACUUAUUUUUAUUGACAAUGAAUGGUCAAUGAUUGUAAUGGGCUAAUUGAUAAACAACAUAAAAUGGGUCUUUUCAUAGUUUUUAUUUCUUAAAUUUUAUCCGUAACAGUUAAGGUUUAAAAAAAAAUAUAUAAAAAAAGUGGAAACUAAAAACAACAGUAAUAAAACACAUUUUUGUAAAUUUCACUUUUAAUAAACUUGGUUUUCAAAGAUUGACUGGACUGAUUCUAAUAAUUUUGAGGCUGUUCACUUGUUGACAACAUGAUGUAUAAUUAAAGUAUAAAAAAUUAUAGUAAACGCCAAUUGCCUUUAUAUAGAUAGCAACUUUAAGAUAAGAACAUAUUUACACAAAUUCAUACCUCUGUCAAUAAAUCACUAAAUAAAAUAAGAUCAAAAGUCAAAAA